UGGUCACUUUUUUCAGAACAACCUUUAAAAAAAAGAUUGCGCUAGCGUUAGCAUGCUAGCGAUCUUUUUUUGCAUUAUAAUCCCGUAUUUUCGCAUCGAUUACUGAUGACGUGUCAGGUUUUCGCGACGAUUACUGAUGAUGUAAUGGCUUCUUGUAGGGCUGUCCCAAUUCGUAGGGGAAGAUUUCAACCACUACUCCUUGUGACUCCGUUUCAAGGGGCAAGAUAACCCUCGAAAACAAGGGGUAGGGCCAAGGGGUGAAAUGGGAUUGGUCCUUAGACUUGUGUUUUGCAGAUGCUUAUGUACUUUCACUAAUUUUAAAGGAUCUAAAUACUUAAUUCAACACUUCAUAGCACAUGUCAUUAAUUCCCUCAAGCAUAUCACACAUUAUCUAAUGUAUCCUUGAUGGAUUUGUUCAUUUGGUCAAGAGACUAAGCUCUGUCUCAGAGAAACAGUGAUCACUUCAGCUAUCAGUAGUGAAUUCCCCAAAGGAACACUCGCAUACAGGAAUGUCAACACUUACAUAUUCAAACUUUACCGCCUAUUUAGCAUAUUAUUACGGAAGCGUAUUGCAUUCACUUUUCUGAGAUAACUUUCUCGGGAAUUUCCGAGAUAAGUUUUCAUUAAAAAAAAACUGAUGGAAUGUGUAUUUUGUUUUAUUCAUUUUAUUAUUUUUAAUUUUAAUACUUUUAUCAAGUACAUUAUCCUGGUGAAAAAUACACAACAAAUGUGUUGUUUUUAAAUUGUUUUGUUAUUAAAAAAUUGUUACAAAAAACUGUACAAAAAUUAUUUGUUUUGAUCGACUUGAUAUAUUAGUCAAAUUAAGAUUGUUGAAUAUUUUUGGAACCGAAACUUAGUUUUAUAAAUUGUUAAUUCACAUUAAUUUGAAAAAUAAAAGACCUUUACUUAUACAUUCAUUAAACCCUGCUUCAGCAUCAGAGCUUCCACUGUUACAUUUUGCUUUGCUACAUCAGACGUGGCAAGCUUAAAGGAUUUUGAUCGAAAAAGUAUUUCGCCUUGUGUACACACUCUUAAAACUAUCGGCACCUAAACUCCGGGAUCAGAAAUCUGAACGGAGCCUCCACUUUUCCCAAAGGACACAAAGUAGAUAAUCCCUGUUAUUGAUUCAAAUAAAAUAGGCCUCUUUGCACUACUUCAAAAACGUCUUUUCUAUAUACAUAUAGUUUAAACCUCAGGUGGGUCCCUCUGUGUCCAGUGCAGCCCCUAAGCCGUCCCGGAAAACAACCCCUCCUUUUUGGGGCCGUGGUGUUCAACUAACACACCAAAGUCUUUUGGGGGUUUUUUUUCCGAAGGACUCAGGCACCCAGCCAAACUGCUGAUUACACCAAGUUCAGGUUGUAACCAGGUUGGAACUAUUAGCUGUGUCAGCCACAAACCAAAGUCGCCCCAGAAGCCAACCAACCACUGGUAAACAGAUUUAGUCCAGACAUAGCACACUAAUUCAGUGCAUUAUGACAUUAGAGAUUUACAUAAUUCUCUAUAUAUGUCAGUUCACUUUCUUUCAUUUCUGCUUAUUCAGUGUUGAUUGAGAUAGAUCAAUUUGGAUUUGACUCUCGUUGGGCAUGAGGCCAGUCGUCUAAGAAAAAUGUGACAGGCCUGCACACACAUACUGGCCUUUGAUUGUUUUUUUUGUUUUUUAUAGGCAAAUAGCAGACAUUUUGCAUGUUUUCUUUAUGAUCUUGUCAAGCUCUGACACGGUAAGGCAAAAACAAAGAAUAACUUUAAAUUUGCAACUUACGUUGUAGCAGAAAGGAGAAAACUAAAAAGACAGAAUGGCCCUUUACUCCUCAACAGGAAAAGGAGGGGUGAGGGAGAUGAUAAGUUGGACACACCUGUGAGCCAGAGAGAAGAGGGAAAUUCAAACAAAGGCAGCAUGGAGUGGAAGCAUGUGAAGUGAGAGCAAAUGUAGGAAGGAGAUCAUAAAAAGAUAAAGUAGUUUCUGGAAAGUUGAUCCAAGAACCGGCUGGAUCUAUUUCACAAUCGUCCUGGACCAUGAGGCAAGAAAGCUGAUCCCUGGAGCCUGAAGUGGAUUUAAAAAAAACAUCUAACCUGCUCGGGUUGGAACGUGAUUUCCUCUUUCCUGGAUGAACCAAACAAGCUAAGUCUAUUGAAACUCUCCUGGCUUCACCGAAUUCCUUUGCCUCUAGAACAGGCCUAUUCAACUAGCGGCCCCAGGGCCGGAUACGGCCCGUUUGAAUUUAACUAUGGCCCGCAAGACUGCCUGCAAAUCAGUAUAGCUUGGUAAGAAAAAAUAAAACUAACGGACAUGCCUCUUAUAUACUUUGAGACAUCUAACCCAGAGCCAUUGAGUUUCACUGUUGCCUGUAUGGUUACGUCUUUAUGUUACACACCUGUGUUGGUUGCCGCAACCCACUCCUCACUUGCGCUCUGGUCUGGCUGCCCACUGAAACACCUGCACUAGCUGACGCUACCAAUAAGCUGCGAAAUGUCUCUCUCAAAGCCGAAGCGUCGUAAAGUUGACUGUGAAAACCGCCAAUUCCAAAGUGAAUGGACUGAAAAGUAGUUAUUUACUUUGCCAGCCGUAAUGAGCAAUAAACCAAUGUGUUUAUUGUACAGCGAAUCCAUUGCUGUGAUGAAAGAAUACAAUGUGAAGAGGCACUACAAGUCGAAUCAUGGCUCAUUUUCGAACAGUUUUCCCGAGGGCUCGGAUGAACGGAGGAGAAAAGUAAACGGACUGUUAGCAUCUUUUCAACGAGGUCAGUGUGCCCUUAGUCGCUUUUGCACGGAACAAGAGAGAGCCAUGAUAGCAUCUCUACGCGUAGCCUGGACACUAACCAGACAGAAGAGGCCCUUUACCGAGUCGGAGACUGUUAAAGACUGCAUGCUUGCAGUUAUUGAUGAAAUGAUUGUUGACGAAAAAGUGAAGGAAAGCGUCACUUCAUCCAUUAAAAAAGUGCCUCUCUCGGACACAUCAACUCUCCGCUGAGUGGAGCUACUGGCAACGGAUGUCGCAGGGAAGCUUUUGGAAAACCUUCGAAAAGCAGAGUUUAUGUCUAUCGCUGUGGAUGAAUCGACUGACUGUACCGACAUGGCCCAGCUGUGCAUAUAUGUGAGGUUUUAUGAUGGAGUGCGCUUUCGGGAGGAACUACUGGGGCUCGUUCCGCUGGAGGGACACACUACAGGUGAAGUGAUUUUUCAAAAGAUUGUCACGUUUUUUAAUGAGCAUGAACUGGAUUUACAAAAAGUCUGCUUGUUGGUGACGGAUGGAGCUCCGGCUAUGACCGAUAGAGUGAAAGGGCUGGUUGGCAGCCGUAGCCCCGCAUAUGCAGUUUUUACACUGCAUCAUUCAUCAGGCUGUACUGUGCGCAAAGCUCAGCAGCGAUCUGAAAAACACCAUGGACACUGUUAUGAACAUUGUGAAUUUCAUCUGCUCAACCUCCAUCGCCUCUUCCGUAUGUGGCUUGCUGACGCAUCUGCAGAGCACACUGACUUGCUGGUUCAUAGUGAUGUCAGGUGGCUCAGCAAAGGAAAGGUUUUGGACGGUUUCUGUGAACUCCGCCAGGAGAUUUUGUCUUUCCUUCGCAUGUGUAAACACAAACGGGCAGCACACUUCUUGGAGCGCAUGUUGGAUGAACAGUUUAUGGCAGAAGUCCACUUUCUGUGUGACAUAUUUGGACGCUUUGAAUCUGGAAGUUCAGGGGCGGGAAAAGUCUAUCGUUGAUUUGGUUGAGAGGCUGUGCGCCUUCAAAACAAAAUUAACGAUUUUCACGUCAGACCUAAUGGCAGAAAGGUUGCUGCACUUCUCACAACUCCGUGCAUUCUUGAGUGCAGCACCUGGGGCACACAUAAUGCCAGUCAUGACAAACUUUAUGAGAAAACUGACUGAUAACUUCACUGAGAGAUUCCAAGGCUUCAGUAUUCCUAUUGAGGUACUGCAGUUUGCUCGUGACCCAUUCUCCAUCAAACCUGAGGCAGACUUCUGUGUAAAAGCAAAAGAGGUAAUGUCUUGCAUUGAUGAGAGCAUCCUUCAGAUGGAAAUGGUUGAUGUCCAGUCCUCAUUUGCUUUAAAGCAGCACUUGCUGUCUGAGGGUGCAGUGAACUUUUGGUGUAACCAUGUUAGCCAAUACCAGUACCCCACAAUCAGAAAAGUGGCGCUGCUAAUACUAACAAUGUUUGGAUCCACCUACACGUGUGAGUCUAGCUUUUCUCACAUGAAUGCAAUUAAAACAAGGGCACGUUGCUCCAUGACCAAUGAAAAGCUACACGAGUGUCUCAGGGUUGCCCUUACUACUUAUGAGCCAAACUAUGUUGAAAUUGCCAAAUCAAGGCAAUGUAAUUUCUCUCACUGAGUCAAACAGGCUCAAAACAACAGAGGUCUGAUAAGUAAGGUAGUUGUGUAGUAGUAAAAUACCCUGACUGAGGCAUGUGAUGCUAUCAAACUGAAAAUGCACAGACUACAAAUCUGUUUUAUGGUUCAGCAGGCUCCCUUUUGGUUUGUCUGGAGUUUUAGUUUUUACCUUUAACAAAUAUGGACAUGAACCUGCUAUACGCACCUUAUUUUUGGCUUGUUUAUGAUAAUAUCAUGAGUUGGCCCAUUUUUUGUUAAUCUGGUGGAUGCUGUUUUACCAGAUUCAUCUGGCUGUUUGUGUUUAUGGAUAUGAACCUGCAAAGCACCUUAUUUCUGCUUGGAAAUGUUGUUGAAGGCUUAUUUACUAUUAUUGUGAUGGAUACUGUUUCAAGAUGUUCAGUUUACAUCAGUUUACCUGCUGUAACUACCUAAUUUCUGCUUGGAAUUGUUUUUGAUAGUUUCCUGAACAGGCUCAUUUAUUGUUAAUCUGAUAUCUGAAUACUAUUGUACUAUUUUCAAAUUGUUAACUACAUUUGUGGAUAUGGACAUGUCAGAAAAACACUGUCUCAUUUUUUGUUUAUGUUUUUUAUGUAACUUUUGCACUUCUGUAUCAAAGCUUGAUAGCCUUCCUGUGUUUUUCUUAUUUGGCCCACUUGCUGCUGAAGUUGAAUAGCCCUGCUCUAGAAUAUUCACCCCUCAUCUUCCCUCUACCUGGAGAUUAAAGGACCACCAAAAAACACACUUUUCCCUCACUUUACCUUUUUUAUUGGACCCUAACUCCCCUCUCCAACAACCACACACACACACACACAAUCCCUCUUUACUAAUCAAAUUAUGAACUGAAUGGAAUAUCAUAUACAAACAGUUUUUUUUUCUGAACACACUCCCACCACACAAUCUCGCACUUCAUCUGAACUUGGAUGGUUAAUUUCUCUUAUUUGGAAAUGAUUUUGUUUGCUAUUGAUUAAUGGAUAUUUUGGUGAAUAUGAGUUCUUUGUCUGUUUAUUAGUCAUACCUCUUUGAUUUGAUUGUUAACUUGAUUGAAUAAUUCAAUGGAAUAUAUAUUGAUUAACAGAAUUGAUUGCUUGUGUUUUCCUUUUCUUUGAUGCCUUUUGUAGUUAGGUAAAUAAGCUAUCCAGGUUAACUCUCUUACCGGGAUCUAUUAAUUUGACAGGUGAAGAAGCACUGUCUGGCACCCAACUCUUUUAUUUUUUUGUCACUUUAGAAAACCUACACUACAACCUUAUCUUUGCUGUGUUGAGAUCCUGAUCGUGACGUCCAUUUGAAUUUUUCUGGAAACUGUCGAAAGCAGAACUCAGACAGCAGCUGAUGUCUUAUGCAGAAGAUUUUCAAGUAGACUUGAUGCAUCAAGGAGACCAGAGGGUGGAACAAUAUACAAACGCUAACAAAGUGACAAGCAAUUGUCACCCCCAGGUCUCAAGAGGUCUCCCACAGCAUUCCCACAUAUCUCCCUCUACUUGCGUCACCCAUUCUAACUCACAUUGUGUCCUUACGUCUUGCCACUGGUGAAAUAUGCAAAAGAGUUGAAGUUGGUGAGAGUUGAAGUUGUUGCAUCUGAAUUAGAUAUGAAAGUCCCUAAGCCUAACACACUACAAUGUAGUUAGUCCGCCCACCCCUACUGCUUGCUGCUCUUGACUACCCCACUGGAACAGACCAACAGUGAAAACUGCAGAAGGAAAAGAGAUGUUCAGAAGACUAUACAAAAGGUAUGCCAGAAGAUAUUAUGCCCUGAUCACUGAAAAAACCUAUGCAUACAUCUAAGAGCUGCAAGCAGGAGUUUUGGAUCACAGAAACACAAGUGGAGUUGGGAUGCUUUGUAAUAGGAGCCUUCGUCCAGAUGACCCCAGAGGGCUUGGUCUGGUACCCCCCCAGACCUGCACCAUCCACAUCAGAACUGGUGCAGACACAAGUCAGGAGAGGUCUAGGACCUCUAUUCCUUUCAGCUGGCGAUGUGGAAUGAUCCAGAUGGGAGGUUACAAUGCGUCCGUGAAAAGCAUAGCUGAAUCAUGGUGCCUCGGAGGCACACCAACUUGUGUAAAUAAAUCUGUUUACGUAUAAAAUAUAUAUAUAUA